AUGGCUCAGCAGAAGACUCAGACGGGUGACGACAAGCAAAUGUCAUUGAAUGAGAAUGAGCAGUUGGCCCUGCAAUCGCACCUAGAACAAUGGAACUCUUGUAAAGGUGGAGAGCGCCACGCAGUGUUGAAUACUGCAGUUAAGGAGGCACGUCUUCUUGCCCCAAAGAUGGAUAAGGAUGCGUUAAAACAUCGCAAAUAUAUAUACAAGCAAUGGUUCUAUAACCAUGGACAACGCAAGCAGCGCAUUAAGAGGCAUCUCAUCAAGUAUGGCCAAAAAUGGACAGUUCAGGAAAUCAUCAAACAAGAACGAAAAGCCGAAGUAAAGAGCAUCAUCGAGGAGCAAACGGGAGUGAAGCCUGGGGAAAAGGGAAUGAUGAAACACUAUCAACGUAUUGUGACGGAAAUAAUGCAAGGACUUACAUCAGAUGAGUUGCAGGAGGCCGAGGCUACUGCAUUGGCAUGGAGUCAAGAAGGCCCACCGGCUGAUAUACAAGCCAAUAUCACAAAGACGAAAGGUGAAUCACUCAUCAAACAUUUCGCAAAGGAGAUGUACAGGCAAGCUGGAAUGAGACUAUUUGUGAUAUCUGCAUGGAAGGCACCGGAUGGCAUGAUCUCAAUGAUGAGCUUGGUGGCAGUGAACAAUUCAUGGAUUCCAAAGAUUGGGAGGUCAUCCUGGAGGAAUGAAAUCCAUAUGUGGAGGAACAGUUUAGUUGGUAAUCAGAUUUUUGUUGAGGGGAACGGCAAUCAAGUGAUCGGCAAAAAGAAAUGGCAGGCAAGACAGCUGUUCGACUUUGAACUGAAUGACGCGGGCAUGCCAACUAUUCCUGCCUAUGAAGACUUGGACCUUCAAUCAACAAAAGACCUUAUUCAUGACUUUAUCACAGUCCAUUACCGACUGACAGUUUCAACAGGAGAUUGUUGCCAGAAGCUGACGGUGGCGGUUCCAUGGGCAACUAUCCUAUCACGGCAAGAAGACUUUAUUGAGACCACGUACCUACCUGAGGGAACCAGGAUUAAGGAUCCAUCAAAGUUGAAGAAGGCCGACGCCCAGAUUCUCCUUCAAUUCUGGUUAAAGCGCCAGGCACAGUCGGCCGAAACCACAUUUGCAUUCAAGGCUUGGGUAGACUCAGACGGAAAUACACUUCCCCCUGUUAAAAAAAAGAUACAGCCAUCAAACUGUGGAGCUGGAGAUCGUCGGCCAUCCCGGAAGUCUAGGAAACCUCCAGUCGGAGCAAGGACAACUGGAAGCAAGAAUUCCGAUAAUGAUUCUAGUGAGGAUGAUGGUUGUGAGCCUGGUGCUGCUCCACGACAGAAGUCAAAACGUCUGGCAAACCUGAGAGCCAAGAACCGAAUACCUAUCGCCUUUUCGCCUAGCACCACAGAGGACCAAAUGAUGAUGAUGGAGUGGAGAAUAAUGGUCUGGCAAAGGUUGCCUCAAAUUUGGAUGGAGAGGAGACAGAGUCUGAUUAUUUGA